UUAAAAAAAUAAAAAAUAAUAAAUGGGAAGACAUUAAUGAAAUGCCAUUUAUUUCCGAAAUUCUUUUAGAGCUCACUAAAGCGGAUAUCAUUAAUGACAAAAUUCAUAAUUUAAUAGAUAGUGAUGAAAAG